CGUCAGUGGCAUGUGACGCCCCCAAAGGAAAGGAACAGGAGGGGAAGACCAUCAACCAACUCUGGAGUUUAUGAGAAGUUACGUUUCAAUCGUGAACUUGACUCCAGUUGACGUCUAACAGGAAGAAGACAUCCGCAGGAGGCAAAUAUUUGGUCACGUACACUUUACAUGCUACAUUUUCAUCUCAUUUCACGACCACCGGAAGAUUAUCCCAAUCGACCGGUAAAUCGAGAGCUUCGCCUUUCGGCUCAGCUCCUUCUUUACCACAAUGGAUCGAUACAAAGUCCGCAUCACUGCAGAUGCUGCGGCGAUCCGCCUGUCGAUCUCCCGUUCCAUUCUUCUCUCAGUCGUGAACAAGACCCAAAGAUACUUGAACUCCUCCACUUGGGGCAGGAUCUCAUCCCCGACCCGGAGAGGGCACGCCACCCAUUUCCGACUGAAGACCAUGGUCUGAGAUUUGGAGGUGCUGAUUCUCAUCCCAGCCGCUUCACACUCAGCCGCGAACUGCUCCAGUGAGAGUUGGAGAUCACGGAUUGAUGAAGCUAACAGAACCACAUUAUUUGCAAAAAGCAGAUUUUGCAAUACUGAGGCCGCCAAACCGGACCCGCUCUACGCCUUGGUUGCGCCUUGAAAUUCUGUCCAUGAAAAUGAUGAACAGAGUCUGUGACAAAGGGCAGCCUUGGCGGAGUCCAACCCUCACCGGAAACGAGUCCGACUGACUGCCGGAUAUGCGGACCAAACUCUGACUCCGGUCGUACAGGGACCGAACAGCCCGUAUCAGGGGGUUCGGUACUCCAUACACCUGAAGCAGCCCCCACUAACCUCUUGAGGGACACGGUUGAACGCCUUCUCCAUGUCCACAAAACACAUGUAGAUUGGUUGGGCGAACUCCCAUGCACCCUCGAGGACCUUGCCGAGGGUGUAGAGCUGGUCCACUGUUCCACGGGCAGGACGAAAACCACAUUGCUCCUCCUGAAUCUGAGAUUCGACUUCCCGACGGACCCUCCUCUCCAGCACCCCUGAAUAGACCUUACCAGGGAGGCUGAGGAGUGUGAUCCCCCUGUAGUUGGAACACACCCUCCGGUGCCCCUUCUUAAAAAGGGGGACCACAACCCCAGUCUGCCAAUCCAGAGGCACUGUCCUCGAUGUCCACGCGAUGUUGCAGAGGCGUGUCAACCAGGACAGCCCCACAACAUCCAGACCCUUUAGGAACUCAAGAGAAUGGCAGAGAAGGUGCUGGUCACAGGCGGUGCAGGCUACAUUGGAAGUCACUGUGUGCUGGAGCUUAUUGACGCAGGCUACCAGCCAAUUGUGGUUGAUAAUUUCAGCAAUGCUGUAAGAGGAGAAGGGGGUAUGCCGGAGAGUAUACUUAGGAUAGAGAAGUUGCGGGACACCAGCAUUGAGUUUUAUGAACUCGACCUUCUGGACAGAGCCGGCCUGGAUGGACUUUUCAAAAAGUAUUCUUUCAGUGCUGUGAUCCACUUUGCUGGCCUGAAGGCUGUUGGAGAGUCCACGCAGCAGCCAUUACACUAUUACAGGGUCAACCUUAUCGCCUCCAUGAACCUGCUUGAGGUGAUGCAGGCUCACGGGGUGCACAAUCUGGUGUUUAGCAGCUCGGCUACAGUGUACGGAGAACCCCAGCGUCUGCCCAUUGACGAGCAGCACCCCGUCGGCAACUGUACAAACCCUUAUGGCAAGACCAAGUACUUCAUAGAGGAGAUGAUCAAGGACCACUGUAAGGCCGAGAAGAAUUGGAAUUCAGUCUUGCUGCGAUAUUUCAACCCCAUCGGUGCUCAUUCCUCUGGCCUCAUCGGAGAGGACCCUCAGGGUAUCCCCAACAACUUAUUGCCAUAUGUCGCUCAGGUUGCUGUUGGGAGAAGGAAGUGCCUCAGCAUAUUUGGAAACAACUAUGACACACUGGACGGGACAGGUGUGAGAGAUUAUAUUCAUAUUGUCGAUUUGGCAAAGGGACACAUAGCUGCGCUGAAGAAGCUGGAGGACAACUGUGGGUGCAAGGUUUACAACCUAGGAACAGGAAUAGGCUACUCUGUGCUCCAGAUAGUAAAUGCUAUGAAGAAGGCCUCUGGGAAGGAAAUUCCCUACGAGAUUUCCCCCCGUCGAGAAGGAGAUGCGGCAUCCUGUUACGCUGACCCUCGCCUGGCUGAGAAGGAGCUCGGCUGGAAGGCUGACUUUGCACUGGAAAGAAUGUGUGAGGAUAUUUGGCGUUGGCAGUCGAUGAACCCCACCGGAUUUUCCAAAGAGGCAGCUUCCUGACCCCAUUCCAGUUUAUUAGAAUUGCUAAACCAAAGGGCCAAAGCACACAGUUUUAUUUUAUUUUUUUCAUAUUAAGUAAGGGGAUAUGAAUGAUGGUUUUAACCAAUUGGACAGGAAACAUAAGACUUUGGUUAUUGAAGUUGUUGUUUAAAAUGAACCCUACAUGCCUUAGUUGAGCAAAUAGAAAAUGUCAUGGCUGCUAAAACAGUGAUAUUUUUUUAAAAUGUUGAAUAUAAUGUUAUGGUAUGUCUGCGGAAAUUAUUCUUAUAUACUCCAAUAACUGUCAAGGGUGUGAUUUUAAAAUUCGAUGUUGUAUGGAAAAGGUGCCCUAAUUAGGGUUAGCAUCCCAUCACUUGUAAAAUGAGAUUGUUGAAAACAUCAUUUUGUUUUUAUCCGUGUCUCUUGCCUCCAUAUUGUUUGUUUGUUUGUUUUCUCUUUCUGUACUGAUCUCCAAGCCAUAAUCAUGAAUAAUAAAGUACUGUACAUGAAUACA